ACUAACCACGUAAGUUCCAACAAUUGAUUUCACAAUAAUUUUAACCUUUGUAUAAUCAAUUAAAUCUCCCUCUUUCCUUGUAUUUUAUUGUAAAAUCAAUAAAAAUUUGAAUUCGGCUUUUUACAUUCACAUUGCAUUUUGUCCUAUAUGUCGUUCUAUUUAUUAUACUCUACUACAAAAAUAAUGCCGUAAAAACCGUCAACUGACGACGACGAAUAUUAUUUCCUACUAGGCUGCCGCAUUUCUUGGUUCAAUUUAUUUAUUUUCCGUAUUUUUCUUGUGGCCUUUCUCGUGUUUUGUGUUCUUCUUUUACUUGGUCUUGGGUUCAAAAAAUUCAAAUUAAAUUAAAGUGCCUUUUUUGUUGUAUAAAUUAUGUGUUAAUUCGACAACACAACACAAAACACACAACAAAUCUCCACCCUCGAGAGUGACUCUCAAUUAAAAUUUGUUUAAUUAACCCCACAAAACUCUUCUUCUUCUAUCCUUUCUGUAUGUCACAAAUGUUUUGUCAUCUAAUGGUUUACAUGCGAAUAGUUUUGUCGACUUUGGUCAUAAUCACUUGCCUUUUGGGCGACAACUUUGUCGAAUUGACCCAGCAUCCGUUGUUGCGUGCUUUGCUGGACAAUGCCACUCACGCUGUCAUUGGAGCGCUGUCGGGUAUUGCUUUUGUGGUGCAAUUCUAUGACCGAACGAGUAAUCUAUUUGGCUGGUUGUUGAUAUUUAUUUGUUUUUCGGUGUCGGCUUUAAUUGAUGUGGAUCAUUUUGUUGAAGCUAGGUCAUGGAAUUUGGAGGAUGCCACGAAUCUUCUGCGUCGACCGUUUCUUCAUUGCACUACAAUUCCUAUGAUGCUCUUAGUGCUAUUUGUUUGCACAGCUUCACUUAACUACUUCAAAACGAGUCUAAUCCUUGGAGUUCUCAUUUGCGCCUUUGUAACACACCACACUAGAGAUGCAGUGCGUCGUGGCUAUUGGAUGUGUCCGUUCGGUCAAACCGAUCCCAUUCCACAUCUAUUUUAUAUCUUAACAACGAUUCUAACACCAUACCUGAUGUAUUAUCUGCACUGCUUUUGUCGCAGCAGUAUUGCUCAACAAAUAUUGGGCAAUUAUGUAAAGCUAAGCGACCACCAUCAUCACCAUCAUCAUCAUCGACAAUAUCGUUAUUCGAUAGUUUAAUCAACUUUAAGCGCGCAAUACAAACUUUUUUUAGUGUACCUUUUUAAUAAAUCAAUUUUAAAUGCAAUUUUCGUAGACAAAUAAUAAAAUAAAAUCAAAGCAAUAUAAAAUAAAAUUAUAUCUUCCAGAAACAAAACGCAUAUGAUGAAAAAAAUAAACUUAAAAAAUAAUGAAAUUAUUUUAGAAUUUAAGCGAAAAAAUCUUGUUAUGUGAUAUUUAGACAUAAAUUGAGAUCAACAAUAAUAAAUAAAUAAAUAUUUAAGCACUCUCACACUCUUCCCUUCAAAUUGGCCUUUUAGACUUUAGAAUGCGGAUUAAAAAAAUAAUAAUAAAUGAAAAAAAAAAAGAAAUUAAAAACAAUUUGAUUAUUUUUUAGAUUCUAAGCUUGUUAACUAUUUUUAGAACUUACUCUAAUUUAGUCGAAAAAUAUAGAAAUAAAAAAAAAAUAAAAUAAAGAGAUUUGUAAAAAUUGCCCUAGACUUAGGGUGCAUGCAAUAAUAAUUAUGAAAUACUUGCCCCCGUUUCUUUUGUAUUAGAAAAUAAUUAA